AUGAUUUUAUCUAAAGAUUAUGAAGAAGAAGAUGGCUACCGUGACUUCAGGCCACGCUAUCCAAAAAGACAGAGACUGCCACCAGUGGUUCAGCUUUGUAAAGAUAUGUUGCCAGAUAUCAGGACUAUAGGUGAGUCGGUGAAGGCUUUCGAAGAAGACAUUAAGUUUUUAAGUGAAGCGAUCAUCAAUGAAUUUGGUAAUGAUGAGUACUUCAAUUCUGCGCUGUUGUCGACCUUUAAUGCACUGAUUCUAGAACAGCCACAUAAGCAACCGGCAAUUGCUUUGUUAACCAUGGUUGUUAACUCUGGGAAUGAAGUUGCUGGGAAAACUAUUGUGAAUCAGUUUUACGAAAAGUUACAAAAAUGGAUCAGUGCUAGUGCAGAUGAUGAUUUUGAGGUGACGUCUAAUGAAACUGGGCCAUGGAAUAAAGUUAAACUAACUUUGAGAUUCUUAUCUUUGUUAUCUCCGAUAAUUUCUGUGGAGGAGAUAAUUGGCGUAUACCGGAAGUUGUUUGAAUUGGCUGUGGAAUUAAACAAAGCCAGUGGAGAGAAGAGAAACCCAUUAUCUGAAGCUAUCUAUACAAACACUUUAUUGGAUAUCCCAUAUUUAUUCUUUUUUAACAGAGAAAGCGAAGAAUUGAAAUUAAAGGUCCAAGAUCUAAUGUUGUAUGUGGAAUCUAACUAUUUUGUGAAAAAGGUUGACCUUUCAUUGACUAGAGAAUACAAUAAAAAUUUGCCAUACGCACCUGUUCAGUGGGUCCAAGUUGUUUUGACAAAUGUUAAGAAUUGCUUGGCUAAUGAUAUGAAGGAAUUGAAGAACUUAUUCCCUGAUUAUCAACAUAUGUUGGGCUCUCUGCCAGCUGAACUACAGUUUAACGAUCCAUUAGUAUUGCCUGAAUUAGAGAAACUAUUGCCUUUCAGUGGGUUGGAUAAAGGGUUAGGUUCCGUUGAUAGUAUGUGGAAGACUCCAAGAACCGCUUUCCAAGUCUACUUGCCAAAUGUCGUGGGUGCUUUCUCUACUGUCGUUCCGGUCACCUCGUAUGCCGGUAUGUUAUUCGACGAUAUAAUUGUUGAUAUUGUUGAAAGUUUAGAAUUCAACAGACAUGAAGUUGCAAGGCAAGUGGUAACAUUGGACCUAUACUUUAAGCCAGGCAUUUUCACUGAACCAGGUCUGUCAGUUGCACAAUUAUUGGCCCAACAUGAGGAAACCCCAGAGCUCUCUACUUAUAAAAUCGAAGAUCUAGCUAUUGAAAAUAUUUUGGGUUUAAUUUUCAAGUUACCAACAGUCACUCAAUCAUUUGCCUAUUUUUACACAUUGUUGGUCGAGAUUUGUCAAAAUUCUCCCAAAGCUAUUGCUCCGGUUUUUGGUAGAGCGUUCAGAUUAUUUUACAAUAAUUUGGAUAAUAUGGACCAUGAAUUAAAAAUGAGGUAUCUAGACUGGUUUUCGAUUCAAAUGAGUAACUUUAAUUUCUCUUGGAAAUGGAAUGAAUGGGAGCAAGAUUCCAUUGCCUUCUCCAAGUCGUUUUACAAUCCACGUAUUACGUUUGCCAAAAACUUAAUAAGAAAGGAAUUAAGGUUAACGUCGAAUAGGCCAGAUGUUGAAGAUAGUUUAACAGUUGAAUUCAAACAGUAUUUGGAUGCCUCAUAUAUAACAAAGAAUCAACUAACUGCUUACUAUCAAUCUCUUUUUGAAGGAUUUGAGUUUGACCCCGAAAUCAUCAAGGAUAAUGAUUUAUUAUUUAAAAAUGAAGCAUUCCCAUUCCAUGACAAAGUCCAACUGAUUUUAGAUUAUUUUCACAAACAACAACUUGAAAAAAAUGUUUCUGAAUUGGAAUCGUUGUUGGAAGAUAUUAGGACAACUUGUAGUGCUCAAAUUCCGGAUUUCGAUAGAUUUACAGUCACAUUGUUAAUUCAAGCGUUGGUAUAUUCAGGUAAUAGAUCUCUAUCUCAUGCCAACAAAUAUAUCUCCGAUGCCAAGAAUGAUUUAGUAAUGAUAUUAGGCAAGAUUGCCCUGUCAGAUGUAGUGAAAGAACAAUGGAUUAUUGAAGCCGUUAUUAGAUAUUGGAACUGUAACUCCCAAAACGGAUUUUUGAUUGUCGAUUCGUUCAAACACAGCGAAUUGGUAACUGCCAAAUCUAUCCUAGCGUUCUCUUUUUCAGAUCUAAAUGGCCAAAACUUGGGGUUGGUCGAAGCAACCUCCAUCGAAUCUACUUUUAGGACAUUAACCCAGCUAGCUUUACAACAAACCAGUGAUAUCAGUGUUUUCGAAUUUGUAUUUGAGAGGUUAGUGACUAUUGCUAACGAAACUAUAUCACAAUUAGGUAUGCCAGACGAAGAAAUUGUAGCCCCGCUCGUGGACAACGAAUCUAUGCUUGAUGAUGAUGAAUUGUCAAGGCUGGAUCUAAUGUGGAAAUAUGAAAGCACAAUGGGUUUCAUCAAAAGUAUUCUACGGAAGUAUUCGGAUGAAUAUUCCAUUUUGUUAGACAAGUUCAAAUCAGACGUCGAUCAAUCUGUUUCCCACGAACCAACACGGGCUCAAUUGAACCAAUGGUUUCAAGAAAUUUGCGAAUUAUGA